AGUUCGUCGAGUGUCUAUAGAGAUGAAUAUCUCUUGUACAUCUCAUACUUUCUCUCCUAACAGUAAUUUUACAUCUUCUGGGAAAAGAAUAUUUUAAUCUAUAACUGUUUUGUUCGUGAAUACGUUAUCAAAGAGAAUACUUCAAACAGAAUCGAAAGAAAAGUUAGAAUUUAAAUUUAAAUUUAAAUUUUUUGUUCCAUCGGAAAAAGCAUGAUGUUUUAUCGUAGCGAUUAAAACCACGUGCUCCCAAAGACCGAUCGUUAUUAUGAAAAAAAGAUUUAACUGGAAGUUACCAUUUUAAGUAACCGAUAGUUGGGGGAGCAUUGAUUAGGGAACAAAGAUCCUUGCCACCAUUGCGGAAAGGAAUGCUGAGGCAGGAUGCCGAAAUUCGUGGACCGCUGGAUAUUUGGGCCCACUUUAGGAGAAGGUGCUUAUGCCGAAGUAAAGUUACUUUUACAUAAGUCUACCGGUAAGGCAGUUGCUGUGAAGAUUAUAGAUCUAGAGACGAAAAAAGUUGCUAGUCGAGCAGUUCGCAAAGAAAGCAGUAUUCAUAGUGUGUUAUUUAAUCCCAAUAUUAUACGAUGUUUUGGAAGGCGAAGCGAACUAAAUGUAGAAUAUAUAUUCUUGGAAUACGCUUCAGGUGGAGAACUUUUUGAUAGGAUUGAACCUGAUGUCGGUAUGCCAGCAUGGCAGGCACAAAAGUAUUUUAGACAAUUAAUUUCGGGAGUUGAAUAUUUACAUAACAAGGGAAUUGUGCACCGAGAUUUAAAGCCAGAAAAUCUACUGUUAGAUGAAAAUGACAAUUUAAAAAUUUCUGAUUUUGGUUUGGCAACAAUAUAUCGAUAUCAAGGCAAAGAGCGAUGCUUAGAUAAAAAAUGUGGAACAAUGCCAUAUGUUGCUCCAGAAGUAUUAUUUGGCCAUUAUCGUGCGGAACCUACAGAUGUAUGGUCAUGUGGUGUAAUUCUUGUGGCUUUACUGGCUGGAGAACUGCCUUGGGAUCAGUCCUCAGAAGAUUGUGGAGAAUACAGAGCAUGGAAAAAUGGAAAGUACAUGUCUCUCACACCAUGGAAAAAAUUGGAUACUUCUUCUUUGUCUUUGAUUAAAAAUGUUCUUCUGCAUUCACCAUCAUCCAGAUAUACCAUAAAAGAUAUUAAGCAACAUAGAUGGUUUAUCAAAACGUUCCAGACAGUUGGUAGUAUAGAAGGACACAUUUGUCAUGAUGAAGCAGAUUCAAGGCAAAUGUUAGAAGAUGAAAAUUUGACAAGAUUCUGUCUGUCGCAACCCGAAUUACCUAGGAUAGAAAAUAAUGCAUCAGAGAUCAACUUAGAAAAACAACCAGGAUUCUCAUUUUCACAACCUGCUCAUAUAGAAGAUUUAUUAGUAUGCACUCACGUAUACUCAACACAAGAAACUCAGCAAAAUACAUAUCAACGCCUUGUGCGGAGAAUGACAAGAUUUUUCGUUACAACAGCUUUGGAGGCAACAGUAGAAAGAUUGAUAAACUGUUUGGACAAUGAAAAUUACACCUACCGUAUCAAUGACUGUCGCACAAUCACCAUAAACGGUGAUUCAAGAAAAAGGGUCCUCGUUUAUAAAGCAAAUCUUGUUGAAAUGGAUGGAAAAAUUCUAGUUGACUUCAGACUAUCUAAAGGCUGUGGUCUGGAGUUUAAACGGAGAUUUAUGAAAAUUAAGGCUGCACUAGAUGAUAUAGUACUGAAAGAUCCUGUGACAUGGCCAAUUGCUGUUGCAACUAAAUGUAUACCUUAAAUACAAUGUACAAAAUUCCUUUUU